AUGGGAUUUGGUGUUAUCGAGGACACACCGACAGCCAAGGGAGAAGAGUGCGAUGAGGAGGAUUAUAACAAAGCCGCCAUAUUGGAGGAGUUGGACGAAUGGGAUGACAUGCAGGAGCAGCGAUACACAGACGGGCAGUCGACGCGGCGCGUUGAGGAAUUGGACCCCAAGAAUGAGGCCAAUUCGUGGUUGCAGCGGGUUGGGUGGACCAGGCAUUUGGAGGGGUUGGAAGUGGAGGAAUUGAAGGAGUUGGUCAAGGACCCGGCCGAGGAUGAGAGGUUAUUGCAAUGCAUGAGCGAGCAGUGCCACAAUUUGUUGGAGGAGGCAUAUAAAACAUGUCGGUCAUACCGCAUUGGGUUGCCGGCCAUGUUUGAGAUCAACCGACGCGAGGUAUCCGUGCAGGCCAAGCGGCCGUUUGAGCCACGGAUGGAGGCGGAUUCGUGGGCACGAUACAAAGGGGUGAUGUGCAGAAUCAUUUGCAUUAUUUACCGCACGAAGCAGCGACCACAAGAAGAGCGGCCGCCGUACGCCAUGACAAGUGCCCAAAAGCGAUAUUGGAAAGGGUUUGCCAAAGCAUGUGACCGAUAUCAGGCCAUACAGGAAUACCAGGCCAUGAUAUUAGCAAGCAAAGAGAGCCGUGAAAAGCAGGGCGAGAGUAGUGGCAGUGACAGUGGCAGUGACGGCACCAGCAAGGACAUUCACAAGCGGACGGAGGAGAUCCAAGGAUCAUGCCGCGACAUGUGCGCACGGUUUAUCAUCGCCAUGUUAGAUCAUUCGUUAGGCGACCACCAGUAUGACAGCGUGUUGAUCAGCACGUUGGCGGUGAUGGGGGUCCGGGACGACGGCGGUUGGCACAGCGCGUUAGAUUACACGCCCAUAUUGUCGGCCGUCAUCAAGGUGGCACGAAUCGUGGUGUUGUAUCAUGUGUAUACCGAGCGCCAGGUUGAGAUUCGCAACAUAAUGCGGGAAAAAGGUGUACGCGAGGCGGACGCACGGCAAUUUGGCACAUCGAUGUUCGCGCGCACACGACAAUACGUCCGGAAGUUCAUGACACGGGUGGGGAAGGAGACCGAUGAGUUCCCAUCGCCGAUGGAUUGGAUGUUAGAGACGCGCACGUACGGAAUGAAGAUUCGGUUCACAACGACGGCCGGGGGGGUGAUUGAUUGGAUCGGCGACCAGAUUAUAUUCCGACGCAUUCGGUUUUCGAUGGCCGAGUUGAGCGGGUUCAUGCACGCCGUAUUGCAAGAGGCACGCAGUAUCAUGACCGAUUUGACAAUGUGUGGCGGUGAAGGUGUGCAUGCGUUGCCGGCGAUUGCGUGGGAUGAUGUAUACGACGACAACAGUAACGACGAAGUCGGAUAUUCGUUUAUCAAAGACGGCCGGAAUGCGCCAUGGGUUGAGAAAGGGAAAGGAUACGUCAAAAGGCAGUUGGUCCAGAGCAUGAAGCGGCGGAAGGCAUGGUUGCGAGUGCCAGACGCCCGCGAGGGACAAGGCAGUCAACCGCCGUCAAGGCAUCCAUACAGAGAAACGACGGCAAGGGAAUACGGGCGGUUGUUGGACCGAUUCCGGGAGAAGUUGUUAGUUUUGAUGCACAUGGGAUCCGGCCAGCCGGCGCGCGCCACGGAGAUAUUGACGGUGCGGAUGGAGAACACGGCCAACGCAGGGGCACGGAACAUAUUCGUGAGCCACGGGCAGAUGUGUUUCGUGACGGCAUACCACAAGAAUUUCCAGCAGUCAGACCAAGUCAAGAUCAUCCACCGAUUCAUGCCGCCGGAGGUCGGGGAGUUGUUGGUGUGGUAUGCAUGGUUGGUUUUGCCGUUUUGGCAGAACGUGCAGGGCAUGAUCAAGAGGUCGACGUUCCGCAGCGCAUACGUUUGGGCCGAUGAGAUCACAUCACGUAGUGCGAUUGACCGGGCAGUUGACAGAGACAUGAGAGCGAGCGGCGAAGACGAUGUGCAAGACCAAGACGCAGAGCGACCGAGGGAGCCAGCAAUGGGGCCGUUCCGCGAGACGAAGUGGUCAUCCGACCGGGUACGACGCAUCAUCCAGCGGCACAGCGAGCGGUUGUUGGGCCGCAAGUUGAGCACGAGCAGUUGGCGACAGAUUGCGAUUGCCAUAUCCAACAGAUAUUUGGGCACGCAGCAUGACCCGUCGUACGGCGGAGAGAACGGAGAAGACGAAGAUGGCAUCGACGACGUGAGCGACGCCCGGGAUUUGCAGGCGGGGCACACAUCGCACGUGGCGGGCAUGAUUUACACACAAGAGAUGCAGCAAGGGUUAGGCGGCACGGCAUUAAUGCGAGAGAAGUUCCGCGAGAUCAGCCGGGAGUGGCACCAAUUUUUCGAUUUCGGGCAGGAAGGCGCCGGCCGGGACGGCAUACGGGGUGGGGCCACAGCCGCGGCGCAUCAGCGAAGGCAGCGGAACAAGUUUAAGAGCAGCCGGCAGAAUGUGCGGUUGCGGAGAUUGGAGGCAUUGCGGCAGGUCGACAUAUCGGCGAUGUUAAUGUGCAUCAAGGGGAAGGCGGCCACGUUCCGGCCAGGGCAGAGGAAAGCCAUCAGCGGGAUCGUGCGAGGAGAGAGCCCGGUGGUGCAGAUCGCACCGACGGGCGGCGGCAAAAGAAUGUCGUUCAUGUUGCCGGCGUAUUGUUCGCAGCAGGGCCGGACGAUCGUAAUCGUGCCGUUGGUUGCGUUGCAGGAAGACAUGCACAGCGAGUGCAUCAAGCACGGCAUCGAGGCCAGCAUAUGGGACAGCAAGACAGGCGUGCACCAGGGCAGCCGGGUUAUAUUGGUGGUUUCCGAAUUAGUAUUUACGGCGGCAUUCCAGCAUUUCAUCCAGCGGUUGCAGAACCAAUUUGCCAUCGACCGGGUGGUGGUUGAUGAGUGCCCCACGUUAUUGGACGGGACCGACACAUUCCGGCCAAAAUUACACGAGAUUGGGCAAGAGAUCGCAUUAUAG